UUCUUCAGUCCGGGUCGAGCGUGUGUGGACAGAAGUUCAGAACUUCAGCCGCUGUGGACGGACAGACCGACCCAAGUGACCGAACCCAGUCCGCACGUGCACUGAGAGUGGCACGCGAGCUUUUGCGCUGAGCAGUUUGAGUCUGAGAGGCUGAGUGUGUGUCCGUUGAGUGUGUGUGUGUGUGUGUCCGUGUGUGUGUGUGUGUGUGUGUGUGGGCGGGCGGGCGGAGAGGCUGCCUGUGAUUUUGGAGAAUCUUCCAAUGUGAGAAAAGGAGGAUGAAGGUCGAGUUCGCUCCAUUGAAUAUUCCCCUGCGGCGGCGGCUGCAGACGGCUGCUGUGGUGCAGUGGGUCUUCUCCUUCCUCGCGCUCGCUCAGUGCUGUCUGGCUGCGUUCGUGCUGCUCUGCGUCAGUGAUUGGUGGAUUUUGGCGGCGCUGUAUGCUGGUUGGCUGUAUCUGGACAGGGACACGCCCACGUCUGGAGGUCGGCGGUCACACUGGGUCAGAAGCUGGACCGUGUGGAGAUACUUCAGGGACUAUUUCCCCAUUUCUCUGGUGAAGACGGUGGAUCUGGAUCCGAGUCAUAACUACCUGUUUGGGUUCCACCCUCACGGCGUGCUGGUUGCUGGUGGAUUUGGGAACUUCUGUACGGAAGCGUCAGGGUUUUCCAAGCUUUUCCCCGGACUGACUCCCUACCUGCUGAUGCUGCCCUUCUGGUUCAGAGUGCCUUUCUUCAGGGAAUACAUCAUGUGUGGAGGUUUGGUGUCCAGUGAGAAGGCCAGCGCCAGUUACCUGCUGAGUCAGCAGGGGGGUGGGAACGCAGCCGUGGUGGCGGUGGGAGGAGCUCCGGAGGCUCUGGAGGCGCGGCCUGGAGCUCUGACUCUACAGCUGCUGCAGAGGAAAGGCUUCAUCAAACUGGCCCUCAAACACGGAGCCUGGUUGGUUCCUGUGUUCUCGUUUGGAGAGAACGAGCUGUUUGAUCAGAUGGAGAACCCUGUAGGCUCAACCCUCCGCCGGGUUCAGGAACGCCUCCAGAGGGUCAUGGGCGUGGCUUUGCCUCUCGUUCAUGCCAGAGGAGUUUUCCAAUACAGCUUCGGCCUUUUACCCUACAGGAAACCCAUAAAUACCAUCGUCGGACGGCCGAUUCCGGUGGUUCAGAAUCCUUCCCCCACUAAAGAGGACAUUGAGGCUCUGCAUGUGCUGUACAUACAGGGCUUAACUGAACUGUUUGAGGAGAACAAGGACAAAUACGGCAUCGGAGGAGAUAAACAUCUCACGUUCACCUGAGGAAAAGGACUGCAGGAGCCUGUUCACUCGGCCAGGAGAUAAACCUCCCGUUUGCUCUGAAAGGACACGAUUCUUCUGUGAUUAAUCAAAACAAAGUCACUGUUUAUCAUCAAUGAAUCAAAAAUAUCAUCCACACCUGAUCGAAACAAACAAACAGGCGAUUUUUCCUCCCACUGCGUGGAAACGAACCUCCGCUGGGAUGAACAGUGUAAACGCGUCCAGGAAUCAUUUAAAUGAAUCAGAUUUUAUUACAUUUGGGAAGAGUUUCUUUCUAGGACUUUCUAGGAAUUCUGAAUCAGGAGUCACUUUGCUGAUGUUUACUCUUCAUGAAUCACUGAAUCAGAAUUUAAUUCACUCAUCUGAAUCUUUAUAAAUCGCUGAAUCAUUAAGCUAUUCUGAAUCAUGAGUCAUUGAAUCAUUGUUAUUCUGAAUCAGGAGUCAUUUUCUGCUGAUAUUCACUUUAAUGUCUAAUUAAUGUCUAAUGAUUAUGAAUUAUUGAAUCAAUUAAAGUGAUUCUGAGUCAACUGAAGAUUCACAAGGUAAAAAGUAUUGCUGAUUAAUACAGGUGCCAGAAGUGUGUGACUUCUGUUUCUAGACCAGUGACACGACUUCUGGGGAACUUUCAUUAAAUAUUUUCUAAUAUGUU